UUUACAGCUAAACAACUUGAGAGACAGUCAAAAAAGGCAGAAAAAGAACAAAAGAUACAGCAAGCUAAAGUUAAAAAGGUUACCCAAAAAAGUUAUUAUUUACAUAAGAGGAUAACUGGUUUUUAAACUUUAAUAAUGCUAUUUCAUUUUUAAAAUUAAGAUUCCUUGCAAUGGCAUUUUAGCUUUGAUUUAGUUUCUUAAUAAAUUCCAGUCGAGUUAAAAGCUUGUAGACUUAAACUUUGUGUUUUAAUGGGCUUAUGAUAUAUUUUAAUUCUUUUUUUUUCAGGCUUUACAACAAAAGAAUGUUGAAGGGGCACAGAUUUAUGCUGAAAAUGCUAUACGUAAAAAAAAUGAAGGUCUCAAUUAUUUAAGAUUUGCAGCAAGAAUAGAUGCAGUGGCAGCAAAAGUACAGACAGGAUUAGCCAUGAAAAAUGUGAUUUUUAUUAAUUCUUAAGAUUGUUUUUAAUAACGCAGUGCGCAUUUUAAAUUAUUUUUUUUAAUCAAUUUUAUUAUAUUUAUUUUUUUAAACUUAAAUUUUCUACAUUUAUCUGUGUUACAUUGUAUUGUCAGAUUUAACCCAUUUCCAUUAAUUUUUUUAAUUUGUUUUAUUUAGUUGACAAAAGAUUUAUCAGGGGUUUGUAAAGCAUUAGACCAAGCUAUGGCAUCUAUGAAUUUGGAAAAGGUAAGGAUGUUUUGGAAACUUAAAUAUAGUUUGUUUCUAUGAAAAUCAAAGACUUCAAUUUAUUUUAUUUAUUUUGUUUAAAUUUUUCUUUUUAAUAUUAGGAUAUUAUACACAUUUUAAUUGUAAAAUCAUCAAUGGUGUAUGCGUCAUGAUGAUUGGUCAUGUCAUUUUAUUUGGUUUGCAUAACUAGAAUGAUGAUGUCUCAGUUAAGUUCAACCCUUUGCCCAAAAUUUGUCAUUGUUAGGUCGGUCAAGUGAUGGAGAAAUUUGAGAAGCAGUUUGAGGACUUGGAUGUUAGAACUUCAGUGAGUAUCUAAUUGUUUUCAUUGUCAUAAUAAAAAUAUUGUCUUGUGGAAUUCAUUUUGCCACAUCCAAGUUUUCCUCUUUCUCUUUUUUUGUUUUUGUUGUAAAGGGAUAUUUUGUAUGUUGGGCUCUUUUCUUUCAGUCACUGUUGUCAUUAUUAGAAUAAAGUAGUGUAACAUCUUUUGUAACAGUAUGCAUGACUGUAUGGAUGCUCCCUACUUUUGAUACUGUUGUACUGUCUAAAUCAGCAGUUCUUAACCUUUCUAAUGCUGCGACCCUUUAAUACAGUUCCUCAUGUUGCAGCGACCCCCAGCCACAAAAUUAUUUUCGUUGAUACUUUAUAACUGUAGAGCAUAUGUGUUUUCAGAUGGUGGUAUGCGACCCCUGUGAAAGGUUCGUGUGACUCACAAAGGGGUCGUGACCCACAGGUUGAGAACCGCUGGUCUAAAUCAAUCAUCAAUGUCACCUUUACUGCUUUCUUAAAUGAAAUGCCAAUUUCUGUUCUGUACAAUUCAUUUAUAUUACAUUAAUCACAGAAAAUACUUGAAAAAUGAUAUAAUAGCUCCUCCAAUAUAGAAUGAAAAAGGGACAAAUAUUUAUGUUGCUAUAAUGAUAAUGAGAUUUGUGGACAAUAGAUAAAUGCAGCCUCCUUCACAGCAAUUAAAUACACCACUCUCUACCAAGCAUGGUUGCUUGUACUUCUUUUUUUCAUCAUGGCUGACAAAAUAGUCCAUAUUCAUUAGAUCAUUCUAUGUAUUCCUACAUUAACGUUAUUUGUGGUGAGUUAUAGUUCAGAGUAAAUAAACAUCUAAAAGAUGUGAUGUUACAAGUGUAUUGAGUUUAUUUGUGUACAAUAACGCCUGUUAAACUUAAUCACUUUACAACAGACAUUAGAGAACUCAAUGGGAGCAGCAACAACACUCUCAACACCUCAGGAUCAAGUGGAGGCUUUGAUACAGCAAGUGGCAGAAGAGAGUGGCUUGGAGGUGAUGGAUCAGUUGAAAGAUUUGCAUGCUCCGUCAACAUCCAUUCGAUCUAUGGCUUCUGGUGAAUCAAGCAAAGAGGAUGACCUUUCAAGGAGGUUAGUUACUGUUCUUUGA